AUGAAUAAAUUAAAAUUUUUAAUUUUAAUUUUAUUACCCACUUUAAUUUUAUUAAUUGGUACUGUUUCAUCAUUAGAAACUACCAUUCAAGUAGAAUCAAUUAAAUCUUCAAAUACUACAGUUAGAAAAUAUACUCAGUUUAAUAUUACUGCUCCUGUUAAUGAUUCUUUUGUAUGCGAUGUUACCUAUACUUUACCAAAGCAAAACGAUACCGAAUGUAAAUAUGAAUGUGGUAAAUUUUAUUAUAGAAUUGAAGAAGAUCCAACAAAUAUCAAUAAAUUCUAUUUUUGCCCUACCAAGUAUCUUGCAUGCAGAGACAAUAGUACCGUUCCUUUUAAACCCCUUUCUUUAUGUUGGUCUGUUACCUGCUUCCCUAACAAUGCCUCUGUUAAAGUCGAUACUACCUAUACUGUCCUCUGUGUUGACCCUAAUCCACCAAAAAUUGUAUCGAAUUCAACCGAUUCCAAUAGCUCUAAUUCGAUAAAUAGUUUAUUUUCCCAAAAUCUAUUAUUAAUUAGUUUUGUAAUAUUAAUUUUUAUUUUUUAA